AUGGCCUCCACCGUUGUCGACGACGAAAAAACCCCUCUCGUCCCCACCGCCGUCUCCGCUCCCGGUAAGGUCCUCCUCGCCGGCGGCUACCUGGUUCUCGAUCGAGCGUACACCGGACUGGUCUUCGGCCUCAACGCCCGGAUCCACGCUGUUAUCCAACCGAUCCCCACCGGGCCGGGGAUCGUACUGAACGAAAUCUCCGUGAAGAGUCCCCAGUUUCGUCAUGCAGUGUGGAAUUAUGGCUAUCGCCUGGCGGAGAGGGAGGGAGGUGUGAAAGUGACACAGUUGAGAGUAGAUGCUGAUCUCGCCCUCGAUCGAAACCCCUUCAUCGAGACCACCCUCAGUUAUGUCCUCAGCUACAUCACCAGCGUCGCCAGCCCCAUCAUCGAACCCUCAUCCAUCACCAUCUACGCCGACAACGACUACUACUCCACUCCCGCCGACUUGACCACCGCCACCACCAACCCGACGACAACAAGUCCCCGCUUCUACAACUUCAACGUGCCCCUCUCCGAAGCCCACAAGACCGGCCUCGGCUCCUCCGCCGCCCUGGUGACCUCCAUCACCGCCGCCCUCCUCUCUUUCUACCUGCCCAAAUCCCACUUCGACCUCCUCCCCACCAGCGCCCUCGCCUCGCCCAGCAGGCGCCGCCUCCACAACCUCGCCCAAGCCGCCCACUGCGCCGCCCAGGGCAAAGUCGGCUCGGGCUUCGACGUCGCUUCCGCCGUCUACGGCAGCAGUCUCUACCGGCGCUUCUCCCCCAGCAUCCUGUCCAACCACCCGGAACCCGGGUCGCCGAGCUUCGCCCCCGCCCUCGUCGGCCUCGUCGAGGAGCGCGCCGCAGACCCCUCCUCCCCCGCCGCCAUCACCUGGGACACGGAGAUCCUCCAGGACGCCGUCAAAGUGCCGCGCGGCCUCCGCCUGGUCCUCUGCGACGUCGCGGGCGGCAGCCAGACGCCGGGCAUGGUGAAGCAAGUCCUGGCGUGGCGGGCCGCGCAGCCGGCCGAGGCGGACGCGCUCUGGACGGAGCUGCACGCCGCGAACCAGGCCCUCGCCGCCGAGCUCACGGCCCUCGCCGACGCCCAACCCACCGGAUCCCUCGCCGACGACGACGGCGACGAGCCCGCCGCCCUCCGACCCCUCCGCGCGGCGUUCGCCCGCAUCCGCGCGUCCCUGCGCGCCAUGACGAGGCAGACCGGCGUCCCCAUCGAGCCGGCGGCGCAGACCCGCCUGAUCGACGCGUGCGAGGCGGUCCCGGGCGUGGUGGGAGGCGUGGUGCCCGGGGCGGGGGGAUACGAUGCCAUCGCGCUGUUGAUCCGGGACCGGGAGGACGUCGUCCGGGCUCUGAGGGAGCUGAUCGCGGGGUGGGAGUUCUCGGGGGAGGAGGGGGUCGGCGGGAAGGUCAGCAUGUUGGGGGUCCGGGAGGAGAUGGAGGGGGUGAGGGCGGAGGAGGCGCGGGGUUAUUCGCUUUGA